AGACUUUCCUUCCUACUGAAGAGGUCACCGCCCGUAUGCUGGAUGUGGUGAAGAAAUUCGAUGCUGUCGAUCCUACUCGUGUGACUCCCACGGCUCAUUUCCAGAACGAUUUGAAGCUGGAUUCUCUGAACGUUGUAGAGUUGAUUAUGGCCAUUGAAGAUGAAUUCGCUCUCGAGAUUGCUGAUGACGUCGCCGAGAAGAUCCAUACUGUCGGAGAUGCCAUCAAAUUCGUUAGUGAACAUCCCUUCUCUAAGUAA